AUGGUGCUGUCCGAACAAAAUUUUAUUUUGUUUGAAAAGGUGGAGCGGGUGUUAGACUGGAAGGUUGCCGGGACGGAUCGGGGAGAAGGCUGGCUGACUGACUCGACAAGGAGCCCGUGGAGGCCCAGCGGGAAUCGAAGGGGGUGCCAGGCCGGUGGGCUGGCGGAGGAGGGCUCGACCCUGCCUGUCGGUCUGCCGGGCGCACUCUACCUCGACUGCGUGGACGUCCAGGCCGGCCAGCUCCCGGAGGUGGCGACCAGGAUGCCGGGCAUGCCCUCCCAGGACGGCCUGGGCUCUUUAGCGGGAGGCCAGCCCCCUCCCCGGCCGACUGGGCAGGGCAGGUCGAGGCCAGGGUGCCGGACUUGCCCUCCCAGGACGGCCGGGGCUGUUGAGCGAGACACAGCCCAACCAUCCAUCAGUCGGCCAGGCACCCAAACCUCGAGGCAAGGCAGCCGCUCGUCAACCCAGAGACGGGCUGGGGCCUUUGAGCGACAGCCAGCCCAACCAUCAGUCGGCCAGGGCCCCGCACCUCCAGACCAGGCAGCCGCUCGUCAACUCCGACGUUGGCAGGGGCUUUGGAGCGACAGACAGCCCACCUCCAGUCGGCCAGGCACCCGCACCUCGAGGCCAGGCACCCGCUCGUCAACCCAGAGACGGGCUGGGGCCUUUGAGCGAGACACAGCCCACCUCCAGUCGGCCAGGCACCCGCUCCUCGAGGCAAGGCACCCGCUCGUCAACCCAGAGACGGGCUGGGGGCCUUUGAGCGACAGGCAGCCCACCUCCAGUCGGCCAGGGCCCCGCUCCUCGAGGAGACAGGAUGUCCAUGCCAAGCCGACACUCCCGUCGAAGGCAGGCACCCGCACUUCACAUCCGACGUCGGUAGGGGCUGUUAAGCGGGACACAGCCCACAAGGAGGCCGACAGGCCCCCUCAGGUCGACGCGAGGCACCCGCUCGUCAACUCCGAGGUGGGCAGGGGCUUCGGAGGGGCACACAACCCAACACCAGUGGGCCAGGGUGCCGUACCUCCAGACCAGGCACUCGCUCUUCAACUCCGAGGUGGGCAGGGGCUUUGGGGCGACAGACAGCCCACCUCCAGACGGCCAGGGCCCCGUACAUCGAGGCAAGGCAGCCGCUCUUCCUCUCCGAGGUCGGCAGGGACUUUGGAGCGAGAGACAGCCCACCUCCAGUCCGACAGCCAGCCGCAGGUCGCGGGCAGGAGACAGGAUGUCCAUGCCAAGCCGACACUCCCGCUUAACCCACCCUGGAGUUUGCAGGCGAUUCCGACCGGCGGAUCUCGACGCAGCGGGCCGACAGCGCCCCGCCUGCCGAGCCCGGUCUCCCGCCCGCCAUCCCUGGAGUUUGCAGGCGAUUCCGACCGGCGGAUCUCGACGCAGCGGGCCGACAGCGCCCCGCCUGCCGAGCCCGGUCUGCCGCCCGCCCACCCUGGAGUUUGCAGGCGAAUCUGA